GUCGACGUUAAUGGUUAUCGAUUGAUAUUCUUCAUUUUUGUUUGCGGUUUUCGCGACGGAAAUUCGUUUAUAAAACAAUAAAUCACCGUAACUAUGUUCGAAGAAUGUACUAAGAACUACGGCUGAUAAAUAGGAGCCAUGAACGUGUUGGAGAAGGCUGAGAAAGCUUUGGAAUUCUUAAAAGCAAAUGAGAAUUCAGGGAAGAGUCAUGAGUUGCAGGCAGCGGCUGGGACACUUGGUCGUUGUUUGGGGGCUUUAGGGAGCCGUUCAAACUGCGCUCGACACUAUGCAAACUUGCUGCAUUCAGCUGCCCCUACGCUUCUUUUACUAGCCAGUAACGACAGCGCAGAAGUCCGUCUUGUAGGUGAUGAAGCACUGAACCGAGCUGUAGUAGGCGGAUUUGCCUUUCAUUCCCAUAAAACUAAUAUUGUCUUACAAAAUCAGAUUGAUUGUACAAGGAAUGCAAGAUGGAUCCGUGCAGCACUGUCUCGAAUAUGCCUCGGAGAAUGUUGGCUUCGUCCCGGUGUCGGCAAGAUCAGGACCCAAGCACAGAAGUUGUUUCCCAAACUAAGUCAGAUAGUGCGACAAACGACCGAGGUUCCCUUGAUAGUCGAGGCUUUGGAGAAUAAUCUUCCAAGGAUACUGACUGCUUUAGCAGAAUAUACAACUGAUGAAGAGAUUUCUGAAUUAUCAAAAGCACUAUUAUCACACGUGGAGACGGCGGAUCCUGCAGUAAGACGCGGUAUAGCUACGUGUGUCGCUCACUUGUGUUCGCAUAGAGAACCGUUACUUACUAACAUACUGGCAAAGGUUUUCGAAAAACUAUGGCCCCUGACAUCAGAUAGCAGUGUGGUGAUGGGAUGGUUUUGUGUUAUAAAAGCCAUCUUCCAAAUCAACGAUAUUACCAAGUUUGCCGAAAGCGAUUUGUUCGGCGUUCGAGAUUAUUUAGAGCUAUACUAUAUCUGCAUCCACUAUAUAGAACACACGAACGAGCAUAAUGUACAGAACGCGGUAAUGGAGUGUUUCACAGUUUUAUUGUCUCUGGCUUCCGGACAAUACAAGAUGGCUUUACUUGAUAGACAUCCAAGGCACGUGUCUUUGGACAAUACACAUAGUGAGAAAGGACAUAGGAGGAAUAUUAGCACGUCGAGUAUAAUAGCAUCGCGGUACGCUCCAAGUCCGCAAUCGGAAAUCAGGGAUCCAUUAGAGAUAUCUUUUUCUGGGGCUUUGCAACUAGGGAGUCUAUUGCAGUUUAACACUCCUAGUCUAAGUGUCGAGGAUUUGACUAUUCAGACGCCUGAUUCACCAGCGAGUGACCAGGAAAUGGAAUUACCUAACUCUGAACAGCUUUCGAAAGACCUAACUGAUAAACUCCAGGAAAUUGAGGAGACCGAACCUAAGGAAUGUGAUCAAAUUGAUCAUGGACCAACUGUUUUGGAUGGAGCAAUGAAGGUAAAUAUAGGUACAGCGAAAGACGAUGACAUUCCACUCAAAUACGGCGCUCGUUUGUUGACCUCAAAGUUUCUUCUAACCGGGAACAAGGGUGGAGUUAUACCUGAUAGGCAAGUAAGAGUGUCUUUAAAGUCAUCGGCACUGAAUUGCUUGUCGGAGAUCCUUCGGUUGUACCCACAAGCGAUUACGUUGUAUUUAGAUAAAGACGCUGACGCGAAACGUCAUAAUAUUUCUGGAUCUUCAGAAGGCACAGAUUCAAACCAAGACCACAUAAACGACUUCAUACUUGAAAGGAACGUGUGCUACCAAGAUUCACUCACAGAAUCCUUAAGUCAAGACUUCCUAAACCGAAGCGUAGACAGCCAACAGACAACACAAUCCCAACAAAUAUCGAAAAAAGACAGCAAAUCUGAAAGCACAGAACUAAAGAGCUCCAAGGAUGUGCCGAGCAACAUUUUAGACAGCAAAAUCUACCAUAAAAACGACCUUCUUGCAAGUGCAACGACGGACAGUACCAACCCUAACAUGACGAAUAGUAAUUUCACCACAAAUUCAAAUAUGACUGGGAGUAAUGACCCCUUAUCGACUGGGUACCCAAUGUCUAGUAGUGGGGAUGUCUUAUCCUCAAGUAUUGACCUUGAUAUGAAGUUCGAUCAUUUUGGCGAAUCUACAACUAACUUAGACCAUCUAGAUGCUUUAAAAGACCUCGAGAAAAAGGAGGAGAGGGUCAAACGCCCUCUUAAGCGGACUGACGAGAUCCAAGAAAAGGAUUCGGUCGAAAUCGUCAACCAAAAUGUUAGCGAUGACAUGAAAAUGGUUGAGGUUUCAGAGAAUUUUGAGUUUCAACAUUUGAGUGAUGUUUUUACGCUUUUGGAGGGUCAUAGUGACCCUCAAAUUCGUGGUUUGGUUAGGGUCUGUAUUGGAAGUUAUUUGGUGGCAGCGUUGGACCUCUCUCAUGGGCACUAUACUAGAUGGAGGAGUUACAGUACUCUCCCAAAAGAUGUGUCUGAAUUUAUCACCGUGGAUAAACUGAUCACCGUUGUUUUGAAGGGUCUUUCAGACGAAAUUCACUCAACAGUGAACCAUACUCUAUCAUCUCUUACGACUCUAUCUACAGCUCUAUGUAAUAGUUCGCAUUGGGCGCUAAUUAUUGACGUACUGAACGCCCUCGUCAACGUAGAGACUAACAAUUAUUGGUUAUGUAGAGUCAACUUGUGCAAGUUGUAUGAAAAGCUGCCGUAUCAGAAGUUGUACAUGUUAUACCCUAUGUAUUACAUAAGAAGUAAACUGAUUUUGGACACAUUAAUCCGUCUGCUCAGUGAUCAGGACCAAAAAGUGAGGAAUGCGGCCGCUCAAGCUAUAACCAACAUAAUACCGACCAUAACGCCAUCAAAACGGGUCACCCCGACUUCUCUGGUCUCCUACGUAGCCAAGGAACAAAGCGAAUGGUUCUCGUUUGACCAAGCCGGCCUAGCACUAGAUCUGGUCCGAAAUAUAUACUUCUACAGCGACCUACCACCUCAACUAAAGGAAGGUGAAGAAAUGAAAAACAUUAACAGUUUAAGGACCGUUGUCGGAAAAUUGAUUGGGAAUCUAAUGGCUUCGCAUUGUAAAUAUUAUACGCAAGGUCUUCUAGAAGCCCUCCAGUCAAUAUGCAAGCGUUGGUCGCCAUGGAAACAUAUGGACGCGUACUCCGACCAAGGUUUACUCAGUUAUUGUUUGGACAACCUCGAUUAUUGUAACGGUACUGUGAUGGCGAGGACUAUAUUCAUGGAUCUCUGCUCUUUGGUGUACCCUGUUGAAAUUCACAAUAUAAUGCGCCAUAAAACAACAAACAGGGAUAUAUUUGAACGUGACACACAAAACGCUAAGGAAAGAUGGCAACACUUAGAAUGCGAAAGGGUUGCCAACUUGGCCGAAAAGUUUUUACAAGUGACGUUGAAAAUGUUGAAUGUUCUGGUGCACUUGAUAGAGGAAGUUAAUCCUAACGUUCAUUUGAAUAAAGGUGGUAUCGCUUUGCCUGGGAGUCCAGUCAGGAGGAAAACUCAAGAUUCCAUUCCCCGUCGAACCAGCAAUCCACCAGAGUUGGACGAAAAAGGCUCGUUACGCAAGAAGCCGCCACCGCCCGCGUCCAGUUUGAAAUCCAACUUUGCGGGACAUUUCUUCAACGAACCAUUUUAUAUGAAGUUCUAUGAGUCUCUUAGAGCUACUUAUUCUAAUCACAAGAUAAACCUUGAUCCAAAAACGAGUAUAUUCCACACAUUCCUCUCAACAGUACUAAACGCUUUAUCAAUACAACUAGAACUAGCAACAGAAAGAGAAAUCGGUGCAGUAACCGAAGAAAUUCUCUACUAUCUAAAAGUCAUAAUGCCACUAUGUCCUGACAAGACAGUUUAUAGCGUAACACAACUGCUUAAAUGCCUUUUUGGAACGAACAUGGUGAAUCAAUACUCAGAUUUCAUGAGUAUUUUUAAUAAGAAUAAUCCUGAAGAAGUUAUAAGCUUCUAUAAAGAUGUUAUGAUGUUAAAUGACUUAGUAGUAUUAAAAGAAGAAUCUAGAAGGAGUAGCGUGUGUUCUAAUGCUAGUCAAAAGUUGGCUUUGGACACGAAAAAUCCAAGGAUGGUAGCUGAAAGACAGUUAUUGAUAACAAUGGAGAAUUUUGCUAAGAAUAAAUCUGAUAGGAAAUGGAAUACUAAUAAGAAGGAGUUGGAAAGGUAUAUAAGACUGUUUGAACCUGUUGUUAUACAGGCCUUGAAGAGUUAUACGAUGCAAAAUGACAUUCCCCUUCAAUGUCAAGUCCUGAGCUUAUUGAACCAGCUUCUUACAUUAAGAGUGAACUACUGCAUGUUGGACAGUGAUCAGAUCUUUAUAGGAUUCCUUAUGACGCAACUAGAUCUGGUUGAACAGCAUGAAAUACCUAAUUGCUGCGACUUAGUGAACAGUAUUCUCAUGUUUUUGGUGCAACUCUCGUCUUCAAAACAUCACACCAAACAAAUUAUAGAAAUACCAAAGUUAAUUCAACUUUGUGAUGGAUUGAUGGCUUCGGGCGCUCAUUCAGAAUGCAUUGCUGGAUUAGAACCAGUGGCUGUGAAAGUCUUCAGUAAUAUGGGAGGUACCAGUGUGUUAGGCAGAGCUCAACAACAAGAAGCUCAAGCCACUAGAGAGGUUUUAUUUUAUAUGCUACAGAAAACUAUGCAUCAACAUAAGGUAUUAGAACUAGUAUCCUGCGUUCUAUCUCUCUCUCAAGAACACCCAGAGAGCUAUUACCGAUGGUCAGAGUUAGCCAGUGACACUUUACUCAAUCUUUUAACCCAGAGGUCUAUAGAAUUAGACUGCAAAAGGGCUAUAGAGUCUCUAGAAAGGCUAUUGGACACGGUUUACAAAGAUGUCCUGUUAGAACAGAGCCGAGUGGAGAUCUUGUUGAAGAUUCUAUUUAAAGCUCCACCGGAUCAGGCAACAACGCCUCUAAAACUGAAAAUCCGCUACCUCUCAAUAAUAAUGGUACUUCUGCGCAAAAUACUCGUUUUAAUACCAGAAAGCGAGAUUUUAUUGACGAUUAACUAUUUGAAAUCAACCUGCAUAUCUCCAUUGUCGAUAUUUUUUAACGUCAAAACGGACGUUGAUCCAUUGAACGUGCAAAAUGUUAAUGAGAAUUGCGCCAAUCUGUCUCCGGACGUGAUUUUGGUACGAUUCUUGUUUAAAACCUUGACGUACGCGAUAAUGGAAAUGGAUAAUGUUUACGAGUGUUUGGAUAGCGAACAGAACAGCUUGUUCUAUGCUGUCUGCGUCAAUAUUAUUGUACAAGUCAAACAUAUGCUGCAUUUGACAGAUGGCUGCCUCUUCCCCCUAUCAGCUAAAACAGCACAAAGCUUGCUCCACAAUGAACAAAGCGGUUUGAAUACUGGUCUGUACAGUCCCGAAGAAAAUAUUCCCCUCGAUCUACUCAACUUGAUAUGUUUGAAGUCUGCGCAUCGGAUACCUUUGCUGACUGUACAUUGGUCGCAUUUGCUUAUCAGACUAAACUUCCUAUUGCACAAGUACUGGCAGAAGCUAAUAGGUUUCGCUCGCAACUUGCCGCUGAGCGCCGUCUGCGGCGACACCCAACUGUUACGCGUCGAUACGCUACAAAUAGCCUGCGUUAUGGCGUACUGCGAAUACUUUGUAGAAAACGGUCUAACAGAAGCGGUCCAUCUAACCUGGUUAUUAGUUAACCGCGUACAUAUUCUAGUGAGUCAAUACAGAGAAGAGAUAGUACAAAUGUUGAUAGCCAAGGUCCAACAGAUGGCGGGAGCGUCUGGCUUACUGUUGCAAGCUGUCGCCGCUAGAUGUCAGGGGUGUUUGAAGGACGAAUUCGCUCUGAACACAUACAAGAUCUUGUCCUUAUGCCACGAGAGUCAGUCGGGAGCGCUCGUGUUUCUCAUAUGUCGGAUCAUCGGGAAACUGGAGCCCGCUAUAGCUGGCAGAUUCGCUAAACUAGCAAUAGAUAGAUGCCGUUUACUAAAAGAGAUGUCAGUUGAUAAGAUCAACGAACAACUUUCCAAAGAAGAUGUACAGGUUGCUCUAGAGCUACUACAAAGGGACAAAGUUCAUACGAGAUACUCAACACUAGUAGUGGAGUUAAAUUCUCUAGCGUCCAGUGUAUUUGACCUGUCGCCGCUAGAUUUGUCCCAGGACAGAGCUGUCAACCCACAGUACAUUGUGACCACCAACGUCGAUAACAAUUGGUUGUUAAAUCAAGUUAAGAGCAGAUGCUGUCAAAAUGACUGCAAAACACCAAAAGCAUUGAAACAAGAUGAUCUCGCACAUUUGCUCUCAAACCUACCCAAAGAAGACCUCGCUACAAUAAUGGCCUGUCCAGAAUUUGACAGGAAAAUACUAAAUCCAGCAUUCAGAAUAGCCUGUGAUACUUACCUUAGAGAAUUCUUAAACAUCAUCUCUGUACACGAAACGAAAGAGUAUGAGAAAGAGUGCGCCAGAGAACAGAGAAUGAUGAGAGUUCGAGAAGAGAUGACGUCAUCAAUCGAUAGUAACAAACUAAACGUAGUUAACACGCUACACGUUUUCAAAAAAAGCGACAAUAAAGAAUCCAAAUCACAAUUCUUUAUACCGAUCACUGAUAACGAGAAUUUGAAAGAGAAUUUUGGUAAUCUACAAAUUUCUGAUGAAGAUCUAGAGAUCGAUCCGCCAGAGUUGCCAGCCUUGUACAUUAUUGGUAUUGCCACAUUAGAAAAUUCUUUAUCUGACAUUAUAAGGCUUUUUCCAAAACAGAUCAGGCCUUUGAGUCAGUCUGAAAAUUUUAGUCUGAACGUUGAACAGACCUUGGAUAGAUACACAAGAAGGUGUCAUCAAGUUUUUCAAGACAAAGUCUUUUAUCAAGAAUUUUAUAUAUUACAAACAAUCAUAACAGGAUUCCUAUCAUCUCUAGACAGAAUGAUAUCCUUCAUUGACGAUGUUGACUGUGAUUUACUCGAUAAAUGUAUAGAAAAUAUCCUACCACCAACUUUGGCUAAAAAUAUGGCGAUUUUCGCCGUAAUAUCGUUACAAUAUUUAUCAUUUUUAAUUAAAAAUAAGAAAAUAGUUGAAACGCCCGUCCAUACGGAUGUGUCAUUUAGAGGAACAACGUCAGUGUCAGAUAAUGUUGUCGUUGACAAUGUUAUAAGUGUCACAAUUGAUAAUGUGUCAAAGGCGUUGAGUUUCAAGGAAAUUUGGAACGAAUUGAAUACUGAUGCUAAUGUCAAUAGAACUCAAUCUGCUGUAAGCUGUUUGUAUGCUGUUGUCAAGUAUUUGGUUAAGGACACAAGACCUCUUACACCUAAAAACUACAUGCAGUCACAAGAUUCAGGUCCUAAACCCGACAUGAUAAUCACCGGUGAUAAAUUAAUCACCCUUCUAGAAUAUUGGGAGAUUAACUUCUAUGCGAAGUGCUCUGGUGAUUUCUUAGAGAAGUGUUAUAAGGAGCCUAUUGAGAGUUUGUUGAUUUCAUUGGCUAGGCUUGACAUAAUGAGCAACAUAUCCCUAAUACCUCCAAUAGCCUGGUCCUCAGUGGACGUUGUGUCCAAGAAGGAUCAUCUUCAGAAGAUAGACUUGCCUCUACAAGCAUUGCAGGAUAUGGAUGUUCUAGAGGCGUUUUUGUUCAGGGUAAACCUAAUAGGUUGGUCAUCCAAAAAGCAAUUUGAGGAGAUGUGGGUAGGUUUACUGGGGGCGUUGCAAGGCAAUGGAACGCAUUGGGCAGUGCGCGGUAUCACCCAGUUGUUGCUCAGCGCGGCUCCGAAAAGGCGACGGACACCAGCCACACUUGUACAUGUCGCUAGGCAGAAAUUGGCGUGCAAUGAAGGUAUGCAACGUCUCCGCAACAUCCUAGUCGGUACAUCGUCAUACAAGAUAUUUGAAUGCGUCAACCUGGAACGAAUACCGCUAAUGAAUGACGGCUUCGACGGAUAUCAUUACGCGCAGUUCAAUACUGAGUACUUAAAACUGGCUUCAGAUAUAACUGACGAUGCGAGCUACAAAGUGAAGAGAGAGGUGAAAAGAGUCCGAAGGAACAAGGAGAUUGAUAUCAACAGCUGUCUACAGAUUCUAAUGGAUGUCACGUCACAAAUGUUGGAGCCUAAGGCGCCGACAGGUCUAGCGGCCCGCGUGGCCCUGCUGUCCUGUAUGAGCCAAAGCAGUGCCGUGUUCAGUGAGCCGGCGCACUGGUGCUGGGCGGCCGGACAGCUUAUCGCCGUCACGGGCGCGCCACACGCCGCGCUCACACAGUACAGCGCCGCCGGCAGAGCGCUACUGCUUGCAUUAUCUGAUUGUAUGUGCGUCUUGGAUGGAUUCGAGGGACUACAGGAGCUAUCAACAGUUCACCAGAAACUUCUAAAGUCUUUAUCUUCAAGCUACGCGCCCCUGCGUCAAGCGGCACUGCAGGGUUGUCUCCUACAGUUAACGGGGAAGGCACACUACCUCGCCAAUGUUCACGGCGCGCCGAACCCGUUCCAUGAACUCGUUUCACAGUUAAAUGUAGCUGUGAAACAGUAUCUAGCGCCAAAUACCAAAAUAUCCCUCUACGAACAAAGUUUAUAUUGGACGGUACUCUUCACAUUGAUAGAACUCGGACAUCCAGAAUUAAUCAACAUGGCCGUCGACUUUGUACUAACAAACCCUAGGCAUUACUGCAUUGAUUUGGUUGUUAAGGGUAUCACAACGACAAUCCGCCAGCAGGUCCUUCCGAAAGACCUGAAAAAUUCGAUCAUUGAAAGGCUUUUGGACAACAUGAAGACCUAUUCAGAACACCACGCUAUACAAAUAUUGAUGGUACAUCUAUUUUCUGCCGACAACAAGCUCCUAAGUCCAAAGCUAACGUCGGACGUAUCAAAUAUGGACCCGGACAUCCUGAUGAACUCUAUGGAACGAAUAACUCUACUCUACAAAGUUUUACGUCAAACGAAAGAGAGAGAAAGUAAGAGAAUCAUAACGACGUCGCUGAAAUACUUCUUGAGAGAGACUCUACCUCCGGCCGCGACUCUAAGUAGAGUCGUGAUAGAGUUCUUAGAAUGUUGUAAGGAGACUGAGAAGAUUAAGAUAGAGAUCGCGUCGGAUAGAGAACGGUGGAUUGAUUGCGCUGUUAUGAAUGCUGAGAUCGUUUUUGAGGUAUUCCAAACAUCAAUAACGCAAGACCAGUUACCAGUCCUCUCCGGGUGGAUAUUCGAAGCUCUCUGCCAUCUCCUAAACGGGAAAGUAACCCCCCACUUACUACCAUACUGUUUACAAACCCUCCUAGUCUCAGCCAGUUCCAACCAGUUCAUAAGACACAUAUCCCCACUAUGCUACCGUAUAUUAAGACUAGGCUUCUUAAAGAGCGGAGAGGUCUCACAAAACUGGACAGUCUUCAACGAUUUCCUUAAAACAGAUAGUGUUAUGCAAUUCUCAGAUAAAAGAUUACUGUGUGUAGUGUCAUUAAAGUCCAAUUUCACUGGAUCUCAAUUAGAAAGGUUGAAGGAACUUUGUAAUAGUAACGAGUGUUUGUCUGAAUUAGCUUCUUGCUUGAAUUUGUAGAAUUUAGACUUUAAGUCGAUGGGAUAAGGUUUGUAAUGGUGUCCUGAUUUUGUAAUCGAUUUCCCGGUUUGGACGUGCAAAUGUAGUUCGU